AGGUGUAUGUCGAGAAAAAAGCGUUUACAAACAACAGCAGCAACAAGAUCAAAUCAAAUUUGAUGUUUACGCUAUGCGAGAUAAUCGUCCAGAAUCUGGAAAUGGAAAUAAUAGUCUUUCUAAAUGUGACGAACGCGCGUUAUCGUUAUUGAUCCUGAAAUUAAUACAGAAGAAUGUUAAACAAGAAUCUGAAAAUGUCACCUAUAAAGUAUUGGAAACUUUUCAAGAAAUAUGA